UUGUCUGACGACCUUAUCAGGAGGAAGUGAAGCUCAGACGAAGCGACUGGCUCACCGGAGGGAAAAAAACGAAAAAAAAAGAGAGCGAGAGAAAAAAAAGAGGAGGAGGGGGGGAAACUUCACAGAUUCACUGGAAUUUGGACAGAUUUGGAAACUGUGUCCAAACUAUCCCGGCCUGCUGGAGCUUCGCGGAGGAAAGCGGAGUCGUCAGCUCCGUCCUAAUGUACACAAGCAGCUGUGAGGGAAACAGGCUCCACUGCCACUUCAUUAGAAAUGAUGGAAGACUCUCAUUUUAAUUCAUCAUAUUUCUGGUCCCCAGUCCCGACUAUGCCCGGACAGAUUGAGAAUGCCAUGUUCCUAAACAAAGUAAAAGAGCAACAGGAAAAAAGCGCUUCCUUCUCUGCUUCCCCUGCAUCUCACUACCAGACGGCUCUUCUCACCAUCCCCACGCCUGGGGCCAAGACAGAUGGAGGAGGCCAGGCUGGUAGUGUGGCGCACCUCCACCCUCCGCACAGCACCCAGAACAUCACAGUGUUGCCUGUCCCCUCCACAGGCAUCAUGACAGCAGCUGGUCUGGUGAUCACGACUCCUCAGGGAACUCUAGUCUCUCCAACCUCCUCUCAGUCGUUUGUGUCCGGCCAUCCAGCAACAACCAUGAUUGUUUCAGCACUCCAUUCUUCAGACAAAAAAGAAGCGGACGGGAAUCCACAUGUGGUUGUGAUGCCAGCGCCCUCCAAACGAGGGAGAAAGAAGAAGACCACAGUGUCUCGGGUUGGUCCUCUGGGCAUGCCGGGAAAUGAAACUGUAAUACUGGCUCAUCUGACGCCAGGUGGCCAGGUGACAACUUUGCAGCAUCAUGCUAGAGAUCCAUAUGAUCUCUCAAAUGAAGACGAGGACCAUGCCUCGAAAGAUAGCACGAAAACAUACAGGUGCCGGAUGUGUGCGGCGACCUUCUUCAGUAAGUCUGACAUGCAGAUCCACUCCAAGUCGCACACAGAGGCCAAACCUCACAAGUGUCCUCACUGCGCCAAGUCAUUCGCCAACUCCAGCUACCUGGCCCAGCACAUCCGCAUCCACAGUGGGGCCAAGCCUUACACCUGCUCCUACUGCCAGAAAUCUUUCAGGCAGCUCAGUCACUUACAGCAGCACUCACGGAACCACACAGAUGCAAAGCCCCACAAGUGUCCCCAUUGUACCAAGUCAUUUGCCAACUCUAGUUACCUGGCCCAACAUAUCCGCAUCCACACCGGAGUGAAACCCUACACCUGUUCCUACUGCGAAAAGUCCUUCAGACAGCUGAGUCACCUUCAGCAGCACAGCAGGAUUCAUACCGGAGAUCGGCCAUACAAGUGCAGUCACCCAGGCUGUGAGAAAUCCUUCACGCAACUCUCAAAUUUACAGUCUCACCGGCGUCAACACAACAAAGACAAGCCUUACAAGUGCCCGAACUGCAAUAAAGGAUACAUAGAUGCAGCGAGCCUGGAGGUGCACAUGUCCACACACACUGUCAAACAUGCCCGGAUCUACUCGUGUGGUCUCUGCAACCGCACUUACACUUCAGAGACGUAUCUGGUGAAACACAUGGAGAAACACAACCCAGAGCAGUUGACUGCAUCAGCAGUCAUGGCAGCACAGCCGGCACAACAGAACCAAAGCCAGGCCCAGGGCCAGGCUGGAGCUCAGAGCCGGGUAGAGAGUGCAGAUGGAGCAUCGAGCCGACCUGGAGGAGCUGGGAGUGGAGCGGCGGGCAGGGGCCAGCAAGGACAGAGCCAGAGCAACUACCCUCAGACAGAAUCCAUCUCCUGUCCGUUUGACCUCCAUCAAUAUAAGACGGUGUCUGCCAACGACAUCCAGUACAAGUCAGUCAGUGUGGCGGACAUUAGUACCCACAAGGACCUCUGUCUCACUGUGUCAGCAUCCACCAUCCAAGUGGAGCAUCUCAACUCUUAGAGAAGAUGAAAGGAGAGAGAGUGGGAGGUUGGCAAGCUAAAAUUCAUUCAUAAUAACAAGAGAUGGAGGAUGAAGAGUGGAAAAAUUAAAGCAAUACUAAGAUGAUGCAGAAACUUUGGAACAAAUGACUGUGCCUGAAUGAUUUUUUUGAGGCAGACAGGAGAAACGAUACCAUGACACAAUAAACUGAAGACUAUAAUUUUAGUUUUAUUUUUUUAAGUUUUAUCUUUUUUUUUUUUUCUUGCCUUGUUUGAUUUGUUUGCUUAGCUGUCCAGUCUGACGUGCAUGUGAAGGCUGCAAUAAAGUAUGUUUCAGUCCAUCACAGUGAUGGUUUUAUAAUAGGAAGCAUCUAAGAGAUACUUCACUUUACUAUUAACACCUCCUGCUCUUCCCUACAGAUACAACUGUGGCCAUCUCAAGUUAUUGACUUUCUUUUAUUGAAAUUAGUAGUUGACUACGGAAGUAUUUUUUUAUACUUUCAUACAGAAACUUUCAGUUUUUACAUCAACGUUAUUAACUCUGCGAAGUUAUAACAACGGAUGCUUGUGAUCCUUUUUUUCUGGAAAGAAAAAAUAGCAAUCACAUAUAUAAAGUUAUAUCCUACCAGUUUAUAAAGUAUGAUUGCGUGCUUAAAGGUUAUGGUAAAACACAUAAUGUAUUUAAAUCGAUUUGCAGGCCUUCACAUAACCUUUGAGAAAGAGUGAUGAGCCUGUUCAUGUAAUCCAGUUGUACUGCUUUGUAUGUAUGUCCUGAAAGUAGUGUUAUUCAAAUGUGCUUCUGCUAUUAUACUUCCAUAGUAACAACAUUUAUAACACUUAUUCAUAGACAUAAUGACUCAUGAGAUUUUUUUCUGCUUAUAAUAAAAAUAAAACC